AUCCAUCUGAUCUGCCAUACAAUUGCGCUAUCAUCCCGUAACCGACAAUGGCAAACGUACUAUCAAUUAUAGAUGAGUUUCCAGAGCCUUUAGGGUGGGGUUAUGACGAGUUGUGCAGAUAUGUUAGGCAAAGAUGUAGUAUGCCCCAGCUCGUUCUUACGUACCAAGAGGUCAUCGCUUCUGAUACGAUGGGGGAACUUCGUUUUAAUAUUUUAACCUCCCUCGAAACCCGAAGUGUUCGGUUACCUGAGCCGUUCAUUGUGACAAUAAACAAAGGGGGUUUCAAGCUACGUAUCGAAGAGUUCUAUUCCGCUCUUGGCUGGUUGAUUGCUGAUUCGGAAUUGAAGAAUCAAGAUAUCUGGUCGCUUGAAGUUGCGAAAUAUCAUUUCCCGCGUAUCGCUCAACGAUUUGCUCAUCUCUGUCACAUUGCUUACGAGAAUGUCUUCAAAGACCAAAAAGCCCCGCCACCAACAUAUGUCCAGUUGAUAUGGUAUUCGCUCGACGAGCUAGAAAUCGGGGAUCCUGUACUUACGACAACACUGGCCAGUUUGAUUCCCGACAUCGCUAGAGGUUUGCGCCUUACUGAGAGUCAGUGGCAAGCUAUACAGGACCGGUGUGAACAUGUCGCGCCGUUGCUUCGAAUAUAUCUCCAAGGUUCUCUACCAGCAAACGAGGUCUAUUAUGCCAAGGUCGCCGCAGCACCGGACAAGAAUGAUGUUAUGCACUCUUGGUUGGGUGGAUGUGAGAUGUGCAACCCGCAUCGUACUUGGGACCCCUACGAUUGUGAUGGUGAUGACACGACUGACUCUCCGAGCAAUACCUGUCUGCUGGACCAUUCUGAUUGUUCCGAUUCAUCAUGUGCUAUACCCGCCACUGUUCCCCUUCACUUGCAUACCGUUCGUCAGGCCUCGUCUGGAGCACCAAUGUAUUUUGCUGAUCCCUCCCAAAGCAAUCUGCCAUUGGAACACUCCUUGAUGCGGCAAUACUACUGCUCACAUGGGAAUGUGGCGGAUGCACAAUGGGAACCUGAGAGUCAAAUUGAUGGCACAUUUCCAACGGCGGUUCCACAAGUCGACACACAAGCGAUAGAUUCUGCAGCUACGUGGACGUCGGGUAUGACACACUACAGAGAGCGUAUGUAGCCCACUUCUCCUAUACCAUGCAGCAGCUAUCAUUAGUUAUCCGAACACUAGUAGUGUUCACUAGAGCAUGACUAGGUGUAUUCAAUUAAUAUGUAUGAGCCCGAUACUGUAGCGAAUGCGAGAAUUAAACAUGUUGUAUCGGG